AUGGAUCAAAAGAAAGCUUUGUCAGAUGUCCUCAUUGUGAACCAUGCUGAUAUCGGUACUUUGCUGAAGGGCAGAAGUGAAGAGUGAAUGGGUUAUCUUAUUGAAUAAGGAGUAGGAGGUUUUAUCGCUGGUUAAAUGGCAUGCCUCAUCUCCUCUGAUGUAUCACCCUGAGCCCGGGGGGACUUUGUGUGUGUGUUUGACAAUGUCCUCACUGGCUGCGCCCGGAGCUAAUGUUGAGACAAUGAGCCUGCUCUCCUCCAUCUCCUCUUCUCACUUAUGUUUAAGAGUCUAUUUGUCUUUUUUAUUGACGGUCAUUCAAUCAGUCCAGGCACAUUAAAUCAUGUGAUCCUCACUGUGUUGGCUGGCUGUUCUGUUCAAAACACCUUCAGGAGAUUAUCAAUGCUCAGUUAAUUCUGUACACAUGACUUACUGUAGCUAGCUUGAUAGCACUCACCCGGGGCUGUUUUUCCACUGCAGCAGUAUAGUGUAGAUGUCUCAGUUGGCAGAGGACCCUUGUCCUGUCUGUCGCAGUCUGUUUGAAGUCUGCUGUGUAUACCUCUCAGCUCCUCUCUGGCUGUCACAGUGUUCAGGCAGGGCCAGACAGAGACAGGGAGUCACUUUAUGGGUAUUGAACGGUUCCAUCUCCAGCUCUGAUGCAGUCAGGGGAGAGGUAAUCACUGGGUCACAGAAAGAGAGGGCAUCCCUCUUUUAUUGCUUGUGUUGUACCCAGAUAUGGGAAAAUAUGAUAGGUUCAUGUGAAAAAACAGUAAGGUUGGGCAAGUACACAAUGCUGUAGGAGUAAAUCCUUGAAAGAAGCACAGGUUAGCACAUUUCUCUUUUCUGUUCCUUGUAGUGUUUUUCUAUGAAUGCAUUGGUGUAGAAAUGAUUAGUUAUUUGACUGAAAAUGACUCUUAUCCCUAACUAACACUCAAGGGACAAUCCUCGUCCCUCACCCACAACCACAACCACAACUAUGCCAAAUGGGAGGUUCUGGUGCCCCAUAAAAACGUGUUUCCCCUCUGAACGCCACACUGCUCCUCCAGGGAGGCCCAUCUGCAGACAGGUUAAUGGCAUAUCCAGGCCAAUCCUGUAAUAGCUGUCUGCCAUGGGCGCCACCGCCGCAGCUAACCAAUGUUGACUGGAAGGGGAGUGGAGGGGAGGGAGAGAAAGAGGUGGUUGCUGGUGGAAAAGUUCACUUUAAAACACAGGGGUGGGACAACAGAGCCACAAUUGAGGAGCCAAUAAACUCUGACACUACAUCCCUUGGGAGCCAAUGGGAGGAAGGUACUAUUAUCGAGUUUUGACAUGGGAGGCACUAACCGCGGCUGACUGGAAGCCCCCAUUUGCCCUGGCAGGCUGUUAAACCUCCGAGUCAUCACACCAAGGAUUAGAACAGGGGAUGACUGUCAUGGUUGAUGCACUCUGAUUCAGGCUUCCUGUUAACGGCUAUCUUCUGCCUGUGGGCUGAGGAGGUGGGCGGGUUUAGGUUUCAUCACACAAAUGAAACAUUACAAGACUCCCACAUUGAUGGUGCCUGUGCGUUAUAUGCGAUCAUAAUGAGGACGUUGGUAUUUCAAUCUGGGCUAGAGAGGAACUGUUCAAACCAGUGGCGGUUGGUGCCGUUUAAGACGAGGGAGGACGAUUAUUUUCUUUAUUCACGUGGCCUUAUUUCUGUUAUAGCAUAUUGGAUGACUGUCAUUCAUAUUCCAUUCACCCAGCUCAAUGUAACAUCGAUAUAUUUAGGCUACUACAUGAUACUCAGUAUGAAAAAUGUAUGCACUCACUAACAGUAAGUCGCUCUGGAUAAGAGCGUCUGCUAAAUGACAAAAAAAAUACUCACAUUUUCCCUAUACCCAUCAGGGGGUUGCUACUACGUAGCCUAUGAAUGAAACGUAGGUGCACAGGUCGAGAGAGAUUUGAGUAAUCAAGGUGACAGACAUUGACACAUUUUUUGCUCCUGUCUACCACAGUUAGAUGCCUGCUCCUGUCUCCCACAGGCAGACGCCUGCUCUUGUCUCCUAGAGACAGAUGCCUGCUCCUGACUCCCACAGACAGAUGCCUGCUCCUGUCUCCCACAGAAAGACGCCUGCUCCUGUCUCCCACAGACAGAUGCCUGCUCCUGUCUCCCACAGACAGACGCCUGCUCCUGUCUACCAAAGACAGAUAACUACUCCUGUCUCCCACAGACAAACGCCUGCUCCAGUCUCCCACAGACUGACGCCUGAUCCUGUCUCCCGCAGACAGAUGCCUGCUAUUGUCUACCACAGACAGACGCCUGCUCCUGUCUCCCACAGACAGAUACCUGCUCCUGUUACCCACAGACAGACGCCUGCUCCUGUCUCCCACAGACAGACGCCUGAUCCUGUCUCCCGCAGACAGAUACCUACUCCUGUCUCCCACAGACAGAUGCCUGCUCAAGUCUCCCACAGACAGACGCCUGGUCCAGUCUCCCACAGACAGACGCCUGCUCCUGUCUCCCACAGACAGACGCCUGCUCCAGUCUCCCACAGACAGACGCCUGCUCCUGUCUCCCACAGACAGACGCCUGCUCCAGUCUCCCACAGACAGACGCCUGCUCCAGUCUACCACAGACAGACGCCUGCUCCAGUCUCCCACAGACAGACGCCUGCUCCAGUCUACCACAGACAGACACCUGCUCCAUUCUCCCACAGACAGACGCCUGCUCCAGUCUCCCACAGACAGACGCCUGCUCCAGUCUACCACAGACAGACGCCUGCUCCAGUCUACCACAGACAGACGCCUGCUCCUGUCUCCUAGAGACAGAUGCCUGCUCCUGUCUCCCACAGACAGAUGCCUGCUCCUGUCUCCCACAGACAGACGCCUGCUCCUGUCUCCCACAGACAGAUACCUGCUCCUGUCUCCCACUGACAGAUGCCUGCUCCUGUCUCCCAAAGACAGACGCCUGCUCCUGUCUACCACAGACAGAUACCUACUCCUGUCUCCCACAGACAAACGCCUGCUCCAGUCUCCCACAGACUGA